UAACGUAGCCAUAACUUUUUAAGGAUAACAAGAUCUUCAGAUUCUUCAGUCAAGAAGAGAAAAAUAUUGUGUAACGCAUUUUAAUGCAUCGUGAAGAUGAAUCCUCUCGACGUAUCAUACAAGCUUUUAGAACAAGGUCGAUUCCUGAAAGUUACAUUUUCAAUUAAUUCAAAAAGAAGAGGUGCUCCAUAUUCAGCGGAAUUUAAUAUUGAUGAUAUGGUUCAAGUACGAUUUAAAAUUGAACAAGAUACUAAUAAAGGUAGAGAUAGCCCAUGCUAUGGGUAUUCUGAUGGCGAAUUAGCUGUAUUGGUCUAUAUGUCAUACAAAAAAUGUGACACGGUGAAAGAUUUUGCUGUAAAAUUAAACAUGAAAUUAAAUGAUUUCAACUACUCGGAGCAAUUAGUUUGCCCCGAUACUUGGACCGAAUGGAUAGAAGUAGGUAAACUCCCUAAAUCAAAGAGUAACUCGAAUGUUCUUCUAGAAGUAAGUAUGGCUGUGAGUAAAGCGGAAGUUAUUACAUUUGUGAAGCUGUAUAAUGACACAAUCACGACUGAUAUCAAAGUUGGCACAAAAGGAAGCAAAAAUCCUGUUCAGUUUCACAGGAGUUGCUUGCUAACUCACAGCGACUUCUUCAAGACUCUGUUCCAAACUGGAGAUUUCAUUGACAAGAAAGAUUUUGAGAUUGGUGAAAAAGAUGUCACGGAUCAGACAAUACAGCAUUUAAAGGAUUAUGUAUACCUAGGCGUUCUGCCUGACGAUGGUUUGUGUCCGUUACUGAUGCUCGCCAGAUGCUAUUUAUUUGAGAACCUUAAGUCCGAGUGUAUUACGAAGAUAGUUCAAACGGUCACCCCUGAAGACUUGCACCGUUUUAUGGGUUUUGCAUGUGAGAACAACAUGCCGGAAUUGGGAGUAGCUUUGCUGCAGACUCCGCAUGAAGUUGUUCAUCAAGCUCAUGUGAUGAAUAAAACUGACCGGAAACGGGUUCAUAGUAAUCAUAGUGAAGAAUCAGAGGAGCCGAAAAAGAGGAAGAAAGUUAAAAAAUAGACUUUAAAUUGUUUAUAAAGGUGCUUAUUGUGGAACUAUACUCUGGCAAGCCAGCUUUAUCAGUAGAGAAAGAUAGAUGGCAAAUUUGAAAAAACCUUAGUUGUUUUACCAGGCCAUAAAAACCAAAAUACAAAAAAAAUCUUUACUUUUAUCUCCCAUACAAAUAUUGAAUUUCGCGCCUUUUUCUACUGACAAAGUUGACAUUUUAGUUUUGUUUUCUUUGAUUUUAUUCACACUUGUUUAAAUUUAAUCAAGAUUGAUUGAUUAAAUUUAAUUAGACAUAACCACAUUUUAAGAAGACAGAGGUUUCCUAACAGCCCGGUCACGACUCUGCACGACCAGCGACCGUGGCAACCAU